ACCGGGCGCCAAAAACCCCUUUCGUCGCUUUAUCAACAAAACACAGAGAACAAAACACACUUCAUUUCAAAAACCCGCAGUGUGCCCCUAAAGACGAAAGAAGAAGAAGAAGCGGAAAAUUGAUAAAUCCACAGCGAGAUUGAGCUUCGGUUUCGUCUUUCCCUAAUCGGUGCUACGAUUCGGUUCGAUACGAUUCGGAUUGAAUUGGAGCAUGGACCUUCAGAACACUGUGAAGGAAGCCCUAAAUGCACUGUACCAUCACCCCGAUGAUGCGGUUCGCAUGCAAGCCGAUCGCUACCUUCAGGAUUUCCAGCGAACUCUCGAUGCGUGGCAGGUGGCUGAUAAUUUGCUACAUGAUUCCAGUAGCAAUCUGGAAACCUUGAUAUUUUGUUCUCAGACCUUGAGAAGCAAGGUGCAACGAGACUUUGAGGAGCUACCUUCCACAGCUUUCCGGCCAUUGCGUGAUUCAUUAAAUAACUUGCUAAAAAAGUUCCACAAGGGUCAUCCAAAAGUCAGAACUCAGAUUAGCAUUGCUGUGGCUGCAUUGGCUGUGCAUGUGCCUGCUGAAGAUUGGGGAGAUGGUGGUAUAGUGAAAUGGCUUAGGGACGAGAUGGAUUCUCAUCCGGAAUAUAUACCAGGAUUCUUGGAGUUACUAACAGUUUUGCCAGAGGAAGUAUUAAACUAUAAGAUAGCAGCUCGACCUGAAAGGCGUCGUCAAUUUGAAAAAGAGCUUACUUCUCAAAUGGAGAUUGCUCUAAAUAUUUUGACAGCUUGUUUGGCUAUUUCUGAGCUUAAAGAGCAGGUUCUUGAAGCGUUUGCUUCGUGGCUUCGCCUAAAGCAUGGGAUUCCCGGAUCUGUUCUCAGUACCCAUCCAUUAGUUCUUACAGCAUUAUCAAGCUUGAAUUCUGAGUUUCUUUCUGAGGCAUCUGUAAAUGUGAUUUCUGAGUUAAUACACUACACAGCAGCAGGAGGUGUUGAUGGCGUUUCUGCAAAUAUGCCCUUAAUUCAAGUAAUUGUACCUAAAGUAAUGAAUCUUAAAACACAGCUUAGUGAUUCAACAAAGGAUGAGGAAGAUGUAAAGGCAAUUGCUAGGUUAUUUGCAGAUAUGGGUGAUUCAUAUGUGGAACUGAUUGCAACUGGGCCAAAUGAAUCAAUGUUGAUAGUGCAUGCAUUGUUGGAAGUUGCAUCACAUCCAGAAUAUGAUAUAGCUUCAAUGACUUUUAACUUUUGGCACAGUCUUCAGUUGAAUUUGACUAGAAGGGAGUCCUACAUUCAAUACGUUAAUGAAGCAUCAAUUGAAGCUGAGAGAAAUAGGAGGCUACUGGUUUUCCGUCCUGCAUAUGAGUCACUUGUAUCCCUGGUUAGCUUUCGAGUUCAGUAUCCUGAAGAUUAUCAAGACCUAUCAUAUGAGGACCUUAAGGAAUUUAAGCAGACAAAAUAUGCUGUUGCGGAUGUAUUAACGGAUGCGGCAUCAGUUCUUGGUGGUGAUGCUACUCUAAGAAUUCUAUAUAUGAAACUCCUUGAGGCUGUAUCUGGCCAUGGUAAUAAUGAACACAAGGAUUGGCGUCCAGCAGAGGCUGCCUUAUUUUGUAUUCGGGCUAUAUCAAAUUAUGUGUCAGUUGUUGAAGCAGAAGUAAUGCCUCAGAUCAUGGCUCUGCUUCCGAAACUUCCACUUCAACCCCAGUUACUACAGACUGUGUGCUUAACAAUUGGAGCUUAUUCAAAAUGGCUUGAUUCUGCAUCAUGUGGAGUGUCCAUACUGCCUUCAGUUUUGGAUAUCUUAAUGAAGGGAAUGGGUACAUCCGAGGAAUGUGCAGCUGCUGCUGCUUUGGCAUUCAGGCACAUCUGUGAUGACUGCCGGAAAAAGCUUUGUGGAUGCUUAGAGGGUCUGUUCCAUAUCUACAAUAGGACCGUGAAUGGGGAAGAUAGUUUCAAAGUCCCUGCUGAGGACUCGUUGCAUCUAGUUGAGGCCUUAAGUGUGGUUGUUACUGAACUUCCUCCAGAUGAUGCGAAGAGAGCUCUUGAGGCAUUAUGCAUACCAAUUAUAUCUCCUUUACAGGAAGCCAUCAAUCAAGGUCCAGAGAUCUUAAGCAAAAGACCUUCUCGGCAGUUAACAAUUCACAUUGAUAGAUUUGCUUACAUCUUCAGGUAUGUAAACCAUCCUGAAGUUGUGGCAGAUGCUAUUCAACGGCUCUGGCCUAUUUUCAAAGCUAUUUUUGAUCUUCGUGCAUGGGACAUGAGAACAAUGGAAUCUCUAUGCAGAGCAUGUAAAUAUGCAGUGAGAACAUCUGGAAGGUUCAUGGGUGUUACCAUUGGUGCCAUGCUGGAAGAGAUUCAGAGUCUAUAUAGGCAGCAUCAUCAACCAUGCUUUCUUUAUCUUUCCAGUGAAGUUAUAAAGAUUUUUGGUUCAGAUCCAUCUUGUGCUGACUACUUGAAGAAUUUGAUUGAGGCUCUCUUCCAGCACACCACCCGGCUUCUCACAAAUAUUCAGGAGUUCACAGCUCGGCCUGAUAUAGCAGAUGAUUGCUUUUUGUUGGCUUCAAGGUGUAUUCGCUACUGUCCUCAACUAUUUAUUCCAUCGUCUGUUCUUCCUUCAUUAGUUGACUGUUCUAUGAUUGGGAUCACGGUACAACACAGGGAGGCUUCCAAGUCAAUAUUGCAUUUCUUAGCCGACAUUUUUGAUCUUGCAAACUCUGCAUUGGGGGAGCAAUUUAUCCCAAUCCGAGAUGGUGUAAUUAUUCCUCGAGGCGCCAGCAUCACCAGAAUUUUGGUUGCCUCAUUAACAGGAGCACUUCCUAAAUCUCGAGUUGAUGUGGUAUCUUAUACAUUACUGGCAUUAAUGCGAGCAUAUGGGUCACGAGCACUGGAAUGGGCAAAAGAGUGUGUGUUGUUGAUUCCAUCAACAGCUAUCACUGACGUGGAGCGAUCAAGAUUCUUAUCCGCCCUUUCUGAUGCAGCAUCUGGAGGUGAUACUAAUGGGUUGAUUGUUCCUGUUGAAGAAUUCUCAGAUGUUUGCCGACGGAAUAGAGCAGUUCAGGAAAUAGUUCAAGAAGCUUUGAGACCCCUUGAGUUGAAUUUGGGGAUUGUAUCAUAGAUUAUUGGUAAAUGCCUGUGAUAGAGGGGGCCAUUUUGGUUAGGCCUUGUCUGUUGGUUAGGCUAGCUUGUUGUGUAUUAUCUGUUAUAUUCAUUUUUUUUUCUUUCUCUUUUAAUCAAUUAUCAUUCUCCAGUUUUUUAGGAGAAUUCCUGCCCCUGCAUAUUCUGUUGUGUUGGCUGGAAGAAAUUAUGUUAGGUGGUGUGUCUUAUAUGCUGGAGAUGUGGGAUUGGUGAGUGAUGUCAUUGUCCUGGGUUUCAUUUUUGGGGGCCGAGUUACUUGCCAUACAAUUGUAAGUUAAAUGUAAACAGGGAAAAAAAAGGUGGGGAAAUAUAGUGGACAAUGAAAGUUGUUGCAAUUUUAAA